AUGAGACUUGGCAACAUUGAACAGGAACGUCACAUUCGCGUCGCUGUUCGUCACAUUCGCGUCGCUGUUAUGUCAUCUGAAUACGACAACCCCAAUUUGAUGGUAAAAUUUGGUUCAUUUCUAAUAAAUAGGAAUUUAGGUGAAAUAGCAUGUAACAUAACAUAUUACGGCGGAGUCGGUCAUACAUAUGAAUUGGAAGUAAAGAGGCCUAAUGACUCCCAACUGCCAUUUCUGUGCUAUCUUACUUUUACAGCGGCUGGGGGCACGUUUGGAGAGCUCGUUCAAUUAAAAGUGAUUUUAAGAACCAAUAAUGAAAAAAGAGCAGGAAAUGGAAGUGGUAAUGGAAGUAGCGUCGUUGUAAAUUUGUAUUGUUUUUGUUGCGGAAUAUUAAAUGGACCUGAUAUACGAUGUUUCAUGAAAGAUCAAGCAAAAAUGCUCUCAAAGUUGACGAGCUUAAUUGUCGCAUAUGCCAGUGUUAAAGCUGUCAUUGAAAAUGUUCUUGUUCGACCCGUAAGCAUCACCGCGAACGAGAGUGAUCUACCACGCGACAUUAUACCCGCUUUAUCCCGCUUAAUCCCGCUUUAUCCCGCUUGUGCAUCUCAACCGCUUGAAACCAACGCUGACAGCCAGAAACCAGACCAGGGCCCUGAGUGUCGUCAUCAGAACCAGCCACAAGAUACAACCGCUACGGCUACCGUUGCCGUUACUAGAGUAAAUACCGCCAUUGCACAGCGUAACAGUGUUGUCAUUCGAAUGAAAUCAAUAUUUGAAGCAGCCGAAUCCGCUGAAGACAGUGACGUUAAACGUCGUGGUUUUAAAGUAAGAUAUGUGCAAGUAAAAACCUUGUAUCAAACAUUUUUUAAACAACAUAGUAUUAUUCUCGCUCAUUUGGCCAAUACUGCGGGUUCAGACUUAGAAUCACAUCAUAAAAUUUGCAACGAAUUCGAGGAAAUGUACUACUAUAUACAGGGUGUCUUUUCAAAUUACGAACCGGACACCUCCGCUAAUGAUUCUUUUGCUUCGCAAACCAACACAAAUGUAACUCCGAAUAUAUCAAGCCAUAUAAGGCUUCCGCGCAUAGAGUUACCAAAAUUUUCAGGCGAAAUUCGGGAAUGGAAAACUUUUAUUGAUAUGUUUAUCGCAAUGGUUCAUGACAACGCCUCGUUAAGUAAUGUUGAAAAAUUUAACUACCUUCGUGCGUCGUUAGUGGGUUCUCCGUUGGCUAUUGUUACUCAGCUUCCGUUAACUGGGGCCAACUACAAGAUUGCCUAUGCUGCCUUGUUAAAACGAUACGAAAACAGGCGGAUUCUUGCCACCGCGCACUGGCGAGCCAUUGAAAACGCAAAUAAAAUUCCUGAAAAUUGUUCAUCUCCCGAAACGAUCCGCCAACUUAUCAGUACAUUUACAGAAAACAUUGCCGCGUUAAAAAAUUUAAAAUUUCCAACCGCGAAAUGGGACUUUAUUUUAUUUCAAAUGUUGUUAAGCCGCUUAGAUACCGCCACAUCCACACGUUUUGAGCUGGAGCAAGGGGAUAGUGUCGAUACAAUCCCUAGUUUUGAGGAACUAGAGGAGUUCCUUACCAAACAAUGUACCGCCUAUGAAGCAGUUGCCUUCAGCGCUCCCUCUGCGCCUAAAAGAACCCCGCAAACUUCUAAAUCUUUACCGCCACCAAAUAAUAGUUUUUCUAAACCGCGUCAAACAAAUAGCUACCUAAACAAUGUCGCUACCAAUUUAUGUCCGCUAUGCAAUGUUGAUCAUUUACUUUACAAAUGUCCCAAAUUCUUGGAAAAAACGCCACGUGAUAGGUUUGAACUUAUAAAGACACGCAAAUGGUGUGUCAAUUGUUUAAGUUCGAAACAUACAUUGUUUACUUGCCGAUCUGAAAAUGUUUGCCGUACAUGUAGCAAGAGACACCACUCGCUUAUUCAUUUUACAGAAAAUAUUAAUUCUAAUCCCGCAUCUUCGCAAUCGCACGCUAUCGCAUCCACCUCCGCUACGCUCUUGUCUAAUUCUAACGCUUCGCACUCUAUUUUACUCGCAACCGCUGUCGCUGAAAUAUUAGAUUCGCGCAAUAAAUAUCAAAAAAUCCGCAUUUUACUUGAUUCCGCAAGUCAGUGUAACAUAAUUACGCAAUCAUGCGCAACUAAACUCGGUCUCCGAUCUACCAAAUCGCCGUUGUCCAUUAAAGGCCUAGGUUCCAUGAAUGUCUCCGCCACACUUUCCGCAGAAUGUCAUAUUCGCCCCGCAAAUAAUAAAAAUUCGAAUUUAGACUUUGAUGCCAUAAUUUUACCGCAAAUUUGUAACCACAUGCCAACUUCGGUCAUUAUGGCAGAUUGGCCACACAUUUCAAAUUUAAAACUCGCUGAUCCGCAAUUUUGUUCUCCCGGAGAUAUUGACAUGCUGUUAGGUGCUGAGAUUUUCCCAUACAUUUUAUUACCAGGUCGCGUUCAGGGUUCUAAACAUCAUCCCGUCGCGUUAAACACCAUUUUUGGCUGGGUUCUCAUGGGAAAAAUUGGCAGCUUACCUGCUCCUCAAGUCAACAAUUUCUUAACGAUUUCCAAUGACGAACUAAAUAAUACGCUUAAAAUGUUUUGGCAUGUUGAAGAGGUGCCCAAAACCUUGGCCAUUUCCGAUGAUGACAAACUUUGUGAAACGACUUUUACUAAAACCCAUACUCGCAAUACCGCCGGGCGUUACUGUGUUACGUUGCCAUUUAAAAAUACCGCCCCGCAAUUUAAUAAUUCUCGCUUUCCCGCCUUAAAAUGUUUUUACAACUUAGAACGCAAACUUGCCGCAAACCCGGAUUUAUACGCACAGUAUUCAGACUUUAUGCGUGAGUACCUGUCAGAAGGGCAUAUGGAGGAAAUCAAAAAUAUUUACCCCAAUGAAAACGCCUAUUACAUUCCACAUCAUGCCGUCGUGACCUCUAAGUUACGUGUCGUGUUUAAUGCUUCCUUUAGAACCGCGAACAAUUUAUCGCUUAACGAUGCUCUUUUGAUUGGCCCAAAAUUGCAGCAAGACCUCCUGUCAAUUUUUCUUAAUUUUCGCUUAAAUCGAAUCGCUUUUACCGCCGAUAUUCGCCAAAUGUACCGUCAAAUCGAAGUUACGAAAAGUCAUCAAGAUUUUCAAAGAAUUUUGUGGCGCUUCUCGCCUACGGAUCCCGUUUCUACCUAUCGCUUGUUAACUGUAACGUACGGUGUAAAUUCUAGCCCAUUUUUGGCUAUUCGCACUAUCCAGCAGUUAGCUAAUGACGAAGGCAGGGAUUUUCCGCGCGCCGCAAAUGUUCUAAAUAAUGACAUGUACGUCGACGAUAUUGUGUCUGGCGGAUCCACGUUGGAUGACGCUAAAAAUCUACAGAACGAUUUAAUAAGUAUUUUAGGCAAAGGAGGUUUUGAACUGCGAAAAUGGGCAAGUAACUGUCCUGCGUUACUCGCGCACCUACCGGAAUCGUAUAAACAAGUAGGUUCUUGUGAUUUUGAACAAGAAACCACCGUAAAAAUACUUGGUUUACGGUGGAACUCCGCCACUGAUAGUUUUCUAUAUCAGGUUGAACCGCAACAAAAUUCUAGUUGUACAAAGCGCACUAUUUUAUCACAAAUCGCAAGAAUUUUUGACGUUGUUGGCUUUCUUUCUCCCGUCAUAAUAACCGCUAAAUAUCUGGUACAACAUUUAUGGAGCUUAGGGCUUGAUUGGGAUGAACCACCCCCCGCAGAUGUGUUAAAUAAAUGGCAAACCUUUAAAUCUGAAUUACCGCUUCUUUCUAAUGUUUCUAUCCCGCGUUUUGUUGCCGCUUUAACUCAGUCUUGUCAACUACAUGGCUUUUGUGAUGGUUCCGAAAAAGCCUACGCUGCUGUUGUUUAUUUACGCAUCUCUCCAAAUGAUUCUGACCAGGCGCAAAUUUAUUUAAUAUGCGCAAAAUCGCGCGUCGCACCGCUUAAACGUCUCUCGGUUCCACGCUUGGAAUUAUGUGCCGCUGUUUUGUUGGCCGAUUUGCUUUAUUAUGUUUACGAAACAUAUAAAAAUAAAUUAACAUUUGAGAAUAUUUAUGCCUGGUCCGACUCUACAAUUGCUUUAUCAUGGAUUAAAUCCUCGCCGCACCGUUGGCUUACUUUCGUUGGCAAUCGAGUAAGUCAUAUUCAAAGUAAAGUUGCGCCGGAAAAUUGGAGACAUGUCUCUACUCUUUGUAACCCAGCAGAUUGUGCGAGCCGUGGUGUAAUGCCGUCCGAAAUCGUUUCACAUGCACUGUGGUGGACGGGGCCGCCGUGGCUUCAGCUGCCUGAAUCGUCGUGGCCACGUACGUUAAAUUCGGUUGAUAAUACGCUAGCGGUCUGCCAUGAGGAACGCAAAAUUACGCUUGCUAAUGUUAUUGAAACAACUCCUCUUGAUAAAUUAAUUCAUAAAUAUUCGUCGCUAAACAAAUUACAACGCAUUAUCGCAUAUGUUCUCCGCUUUAUAAAUAACGCAAAACCCGCUCACAAAAAACGCACCGAUUUUUUCACUCAAAGUGAAUUACAUGAUUCAUUAUUAGUUUUUGUAAAAUAUGUACAAAAAGUUCACUUUUCUGCCGAAAUUUCUGCGCUAUUAAAGCAUCGCCCUGUAUCUAAAUACUUACGCAAAUUAAAUAUUUUUCUUGACUCUAACAAUAUUGUUAGGGUGGGGGGACGGCUUCGACACUCGAAUUUGAGUUUUGAACAAAAACAUCCCGCGUUAUUACCUGGUAACCACCGCUUUGUCAAGCUUUUAGUUCAGGAAACGCAUAAUAAACAUUUACAUCCAGGUACUCAAACAAUGCAGUAUUUAUUAGCACAGAAUUUUUGGAUAUUGUCUUCAAAACAAGUCAUACGCAAAGUAACUUCAAAAUGUUUAAGAUGCUGGAAACUAAAUCCAAAAUCUCCGCAACCUCAAAUGGGGGAUUUGCCACCCCUACGCAUCUCGCAAUUAAAAUGUUUUUCGGUUGUCGGCGUAGACUACGCUGGCCCAUUUUCUUUACUAAUGAGUAAAAACCGCGGUACUCGAACAAUAAAAGGUUAUAUAUGUGUUUUUAUAUGUUUUGCCACGAAGGCAAUUCAUUUAGAAUUAGCUUCUGACCUAUCCAGCGAAGCCUUUCUUGCAGCCUUACGCCGCUUUAUUGCACGUCGCGGAAGAUGUUCUCAAAUAUUCAGCGAUUGUGGCACCAAUUUUGUUGGUGCAAAUAAGCAAAUUCUCAGUUAUUUUAAAACCGCGGCUGCUUCUGAAAGUCUCAAAUGGAGUUUUAACCCUCCUUCUGCUCCGCACUUCGGAGGUUUGUGGGAAGCUGGCGUUAAAUCGGUCAAAACACAUCUUUAUAGAGUCAUUGGUGAACAAAUUCUAUCUUAUGAAGAAUUUUAUACUGUGUUAACGCAAAUUGAGGCUAUCCUUAAUAGUAGACCGUUGUGCUCAUUUUCCGUAGAUCCCAAUGAUGUUCGAGCCCUUACACCAGGUCAUUUUCUGACUCUGGAACCUUUAUCAUGUCUUCCCGAUCCCGAUUUACAAUCCGUUCCGCUAAACCGCUUAUCCCGUUGGCAGCUGUUGCAGCGUAUGCACCAGGACUUCUGGGCACGUUGGCAUGCCGAAUAUCUCCACACCUUAUCCCAGCGCAUAAAAUGGACAUCCGAGUCUUGUCCGAUUAAGGUGGGGUCUGUAGUUCUCCUCAAGAACGAGCUUUCGCCACCCCUUCAAUGGCGCCUUGGCCGUGUUGAAACGCUUCACCCCGGUAAAGACGGGGUUGUCAGGGUUGUUACAGUGCGAACAAACCUAGGCACCUUUAAGCGACCUGUUGUUAAAGUGUGUCCUUUACCGCAAGCCGAUCUUCAAUGA